GUGAUAAAAGAAGAGACAUAUCAGUUUGCAAUCAACAUAAACACCAUACAGAUGUUAUCAAACCGUCAGUUGAAAAGACAGAGUUUCAGAAAUGAGAGCAGUAGUACAACGGGUUCUUGAGACACAGAUUAGAGAAGGAAAUUUCAUCACAAGCACUAUUACACUUGGGUUAUGCGUGUCUGUGAGCUUCAACAAGAAUGAUUCCAUAGAUGACUUAAAUUACAUGACAAAGAAGGUUUUGCAUCUGAAGAUGUUCAAUGACAACUUAUCAAACAAGCCAUGGAAGAUGAACCUGCGCCAGAAGGGCUACGGAAUAACAGUGUUGAAGGAGAAGAGACUCGUCUCUGGCUUCAAUGGCUCCCAGCCAAUACUUAGUGAUGCCAUGGACUCCCGCUCCGCCCACAAGUUCUACAAGAUGUUCAUCCAACUCCUGCGCCAGAAACAUGCCCCCAAACUGGUCAAAGGAACAUCGUUCCGCAGGCCUGUGCGAGUUAACAUCAUUCACGAUGGUCCGGCGAUCUUUGUUCUCCACUCUCCUAGCUGUCUCAAACGAUCACCCAGGGAAAAGUUCAUUGCAGCAUACGGCUUGAAAUACUUCAUUGAUUGAAUAAAACUUAACUCUCCAAUCUUGUUAAA